AUGCAACCUGUGUGGAAUGUGCCUGGUCGCACUUCCGGUGUGAAUCCUUCGGCGUUUGCGCCUGGUGAACCCCCUCCCGGCCUCCCCCCUGACCCUCCUGACCCAUCCUCUCCUCUUUCCCCUGUAGAAUUCCCUUCCCUCACUGAUUCCACCUCUAAAACUGCUCUUGCUGGUGCUUCUCGAAAGGGACAUCGUAAGAUGCUGAUGAACCCCACCAUUACUGCGGCCUCUACGGAGAACCUGCUACCAUCAACUACCUCUACUGGUGCCAUUGCAAUGGAAACAGAGCUAGGUAACCCAACCUUAUCUUCUUCUGUCACUGUUACAGAAAAUAGAUCUGAGACUGCUACAGUCAAAACCCUUCCUACAGAAACUACCCUUCAACAACACUACCAGAUACUCCCGUCCAAACCCUCCUCACCUACUCAAACCAACAAAGCGGCCUCCUCCAUCCAGACCAACACUGUUUCCAACCAAAGUGAAACCCAACCCCCGGCUCCCUUACUUAUCAACCAAACUCUCCCUCCAUCUUCCACCCCUCCCGUUACUGAGAACUCUCUAAACCCUACCCAAACUCUGAUUGAAAAGCUCAGGGCCUCAGCAGACAAGCCUUUGAAGCGUCUUGCGCCUGUUGCGGUUUCUCCAACUGGAAGGCCUCGUGUAGUAAUACCUGAUGCUGUUUUCAAAAAAGGAGCAGAUAUUCAUAAAGACUUCAUUAUCUGCUACUUCAAUGGGAAGUCCCCACCUUUCAAUCAGAUACAGAGUGUAUUUAAUUACAUGUGGGGAAAAGGUAAAAGACUAGAGAUCCACAAUAACCCACUGAACCGAUCAGUUAUUGUGCGUAUUCAGAGUGAUUACCUCAGGCAGAAGAUACUAGAAAAGAACAUCUGGUACGUGGGGGACUCUAUGUUACAUACUGCCCAGUGGAACUCUACCCAUUCCAUGUCAACCCCCCCUCUGAAAGCCAUCCAGAUAUGGGCCCACAUCACAGGAGUUCCUCUUGAUCUCCGUCAUGAUGAAGGACUAAGCUUGGUGGCUGGACUGGUAGGUGAACCAAAAGACACUGAUGAGUUCACAAGGAACUUGGUUAGCUUAACAGUUUGUCAUGUCAAAGUGGAAGUGGAUUUGACUGUACCAUUACCUAAGGUGGUCGAGUUUGAGAGGGAAAGUGGGGUAGUUGUGGAACUUUCUGUCCACUACCCAUGGGUUCCUCCUACUUGCUCGCAUUGUCACGAGCUCGGUCACAUCAUCCGAAACUGUCUCACUUUCUUCCCAGCUCCCCCUGACAAAGAUACAGCUCCUUCGAAUGAGCAAACUGCUACUCAAAAAACCAAAGAAUUCCCACAAACACCCCGCUCAAAGCCUUCCCAAAAAACUCCACAAAAUACCCAAAAUACCACCCAAAAUACCAAAAACCCCAAUUCAUCUUUUACCCCUUCAAAGGCUUCUAGAAAACUUCACAAAAAAUACCUGCCUGUUGUUAAGGAUCUCCCUUUAGGCUCUGUAGCCUUAACUCCGGUUGACCUCCCAUUACCAUCUCUCCAAACCCCUUCCUCAUCCACUUCCCUUGCUCCAACUCUUCCUAUUCUCCCUUCCAAUUCCCUAUCUAGACAGUGCAUCACAUGCGUCCUAUCUAUCCCUAACCAGGCUCCUAUCUACUACACCGCUAUCUAUGCUUCCAACCAAAGCGACGAGAGAGUGGAAUUGUGGAAUGAACUCCUCAUUACCCAUUCCACGCUUGAUCUCGAAAACAAAAACUGGGUGGUGGGAGGUGACCUGAACCAAAUCCUAUUCCCUUUUGAGCACUCAAACCCAGAUGUAAACUUCACAGAUAAUCCCAUGUACCAACUCCAGGAUUGUUUGCUACAAGCGGGGUUAUUUGACUUGAGGUAUCUUGGUCCUUGUCAUACAUGGACGAACAACCAACCGGAGAGCCCUACAGCGAAAAAACUAGAUAGACUGCUCGUUAACAACAUCACUAUUGACUCCUACCCCCAUGCUGUAGCCUCGUUCCUAGCCCAAGAAAUGUCUGACCACACCCCCUGUCUCCUAAACCUGGCCCUCUUCCUCCCUAGAGCCGGAACCUUCCCUUAUAAAUUCCAAAACUAUCUCACCAAACACCCGGGGUUUGCUCAGGUACAGGCGCUGAAUGAUCCGAGUCCAGACACUUUUCAAUCGGAAAGAGAACUUCACCAAAAGUGGAACUUCCUAAGGGAAAUUGAGGAGUUAUUCUUCAGACAGAAGUCUAGAAUAAAUUGGCUAAAGGAAGGUGAUCUAAAUACAGCUUACUUCUUUAGAAUCUGCCAAGUCAGGGCGAGCUACAAUGCCAUUCGAGCUUUUCUCACACCCGCCGGAGCUUGGUUGACUGAUCCCUUCGAAAUGAGCAGCCUUGCUGUAUCACACUUCUGCUCUGUACUAGGACCUUCUUUUGUGAAUCCAGUCGCUCCCUCUACGCCAGAGUGGUUCCAAUCGCUCCUAGACUUCUCAAUCUCUCCUGUUCAAGCCUCGCAGAUGCUGCGAAUCCCAACUGGUGAUGAAAUAAGGUCAAUGAUAUUCAAGCUCAACCCGAACAAGGCACCGGGACCAGAUGGACUAACCUCAGGAUUCUUCAAGGCCGCAUGGAGCACAAUAGGAGAUGAGGUGAUCACGUCCAUCACUCACUUCUUCUACACUGGUUUCCUACCUUCUUCAGCAAAUGCCACGAUCCUCACUCUAGUCCCGAAGUUCCCUGGAGCAUCGGAAAUCACAGAGUUCAGACCAAUCUCAUGUUUGAACACAGUCUACAAAGUCAUUUCCAGAUUACUGGUAAAGAGACUAAAGCCCAUUCUGCCUAAACUCAUUCUGCCUAGUCAAACGGCUUUUGUCAAAGGAAGACUUCUACUGGAAAAUACUAUUCUUGCCAGCGAGCUAAUAAACGGAUAUCAUAAAAACAAAGGCUCGAAGAAGAUUACCAUCAAGGUAGAUAUAGCUAAGGCAUUUGACACUCUGUCGUGGAACUUUCUUUUCUCAUGUCUCCAAGGCUUGGGGAUUCCGCACCAGAUGCUUCACUGGCUGCAUUCCUGUAUCUGCACAACGAGUUUUAUGGUGGGUUAUAACGGUACAGUCAAUGGGUAUUUUAAGGGAACAAGAGGCCUUAGACAGGGAGAUCCGCUGUCCCCAUAUCUGUUUGUCAUAGCUAUGAACUGCCUGUCCCAUAUGCUUAAUGCAGCUGCAACUAACUCUAAGCUCAGAUAUCACUCUAAUUGCAAGAAAGUUAAGUUGACUCACCUGUCUUUUGCUGACGAUCUCCUAAUCUUCAUUGAAGGAAACAUAGAAUCUGUCCAGUGUGUGCUGCAAGUGCUCAAGGAGUUUGAAAAUCGCUCUGGAUUGGCUGUCAGUUUGCAAAAAACGAGUUUCUUUGCUUCAGGAAUGACAGAAGAGGAGAUCAAUACCAUUCAAGCGUCAACAGGGAUGGCGUGUGGAAGCUUACCCUUCAGAUACCUGGGAGUCCCUAUGAACUCGAGGAAACUGUCCUUAGCGAGCUGUGAGCCACUUCUCCAUCAAAUCAAGACCCGCUUCUCCUCCUGGUCAACAAAAACUUUGUCAUUCUCGGGUAGACUAAUGCUUAUAAAAACGGUGAUCGCGGGAAUUACCACUUUCUGGUGUUCUUCGUUUGUGCUUCCAAAAGCUUGUGUUGUGAAGAUCAACUCAAUGUGUAGUGCCUUUCUGUGGAAAGGGAACCUCGACGCACAUAGCACAGCGAGGGUGGCUUGGACUACGGUCUGUAAACCGAAGGAAGAAGGUGGAUUAGGCGUUAAAGAUCUACUAACAUGGAAUAAAGCUUGCUGUCUGCGACUGAUCUGGCUCCUAUUCUUUAGACCUGACUCUGUGUGGGUUUCCUGGUUCAAAGAAGUCAUAUUAAAAGGGUCCGUAAGCAACUAUUGGACCACAAACCCCUCCCAAAAAUUCUCCUGGCUAGCAAACAAACUCCUCAAGUUAAGAAGUGUGGCUUACCCUUUAAUUCACAUUCAAAUCCAAAAUGGUGAGCAUGGCCGGUUCUGGAUUGAUAAUUGGAGUCCAUUUGGGAAGCUCCAAGACUAUUUGGAAGGAGGCAGAUCAAGAUUGGGGAUCCCGCUAAAGGCAACUCUGGCUUCACUUUAUCGCAAUGGAACUUGGCAACUUCCUGCGGCAAGAACAGAGAAUCAACUUCAGGUUCUGACAUUCAUUACUACUAUCAAUUUCAAUAGUCAGCCAGAUCAAUAUGUAUGGAAGAUUAAUGGGAAAAGCAGUGAGAAGUUCAGCACGGGUGAAGUUUAUCAAUACCUCAGAGGCGACGUAGAAGAAGUUAACUGGGCAAAGGUCAUCUGGAGUCCUAGAAGUAUACCCCGACAGAGUUUUCAUGCUUGGCUGGUAGUCCAGAACAGGAUCCCCACUCGCGACCGCUUGAUCUCUUGGGGUCUCCAAAUGUGGGAUCGUACCACAAAGAAGUUGGGACAACUCCCUCAAUCAGAUGUUAUCGCUCUCACCGGUGGCUUCGACUAUGCGAUCACUGACUCUCCUUGGGUGGCAGGCAUGCUUCUAUUGGAUUUGGAAUGA